GCCUCUUGAUGAAGAGUUGAAGAUGAAGAACAUGGAUGAUAAUACCCUAGUGGAACAUCCUGAUGUUCAAGAGUCAUUGGGUCCCCUAGUGGCCCCUACCCCUCUCCGUCCAUGGCCCCAGAUGACACUUAAGGUUUCUGAAGUUACAGUGAACAGAAACCCUCAAGAAGAAGGUGACAUCUCCAGAAGCAAUCCACCUGUGGCUUUUACAGAGGUUCUCCAGGCACCAGCCAUCCGGAUUCCCCCAUCUAUCUGUGGACUGGGUGGCUUCCCCAGGGACCAGGCCUCUGGGCCCGAUGCAAGUGAUAGAGCCACUGGCACCUUCCUGGAACCCACUCAGCAACAGGUGGAGGCUACAUGGGAAAGUGCAGGGGGCUUAAAGGCCCCCAUGGUGGGGGCUAUGACAGAUGAGCCCGCUGGGGGUCUGGAGAUUGUGAGUGGGUUGGACGAGUUGCUCGGUGAAGACACCAUUGACCAGGAGUUGGAGCAGCUCUACCUGUCUCACCUGAGCCGCUUGCGGGCUGCUGUGGCAGCAGGGGAUGGCGGGGAGGGCUCUGCAGAUGGGGGGACAUCCCCUAGCCAUUCCCUGGGCACACUCACGGACCGUGACCUGAUCUUGAAGUGGCCUGGCCCUGAGAGGGCCCUGAACAGUGCCCUGGCCGAGGAGAUCACGCUGCACUAUGCGCGCCUGGGGUGCGGUGUGGAGCUCAUCAAGGACACUGAAGACCCUGAUGAUGAAGGGGAGGAUGAAGAGGGGCUCUCUAUCACUCCUUCUAGCCCUGAAGGAGACAGCCCUAAGGAAUCACCUCCAGAAAUCCUCUCUGGGGCCCGCUCUGUGGUAGCUACUAUGGGAGAUGUGUGGCUUCCAUGGGCUGGGGGGUCUGAAGGUGACAGCCCUGUGGUUCUGGGGACACAGGGUCAGUUUGCUGAGGAUCCAGAGAAAGGGAUGGGCAAGGACAUCAACUCUUUGCACGUGAAUAGGGUCAUAGUUGGGGUGACCAGGUCCCCUGGGGAGGCUAUGACAGAAGCCCAGAUGGAGGUUACUCCUGAGUGGGAAGGUAGCUUGCUGUCUGUUUCUGAUCAAGAGCUUUCUGUAUCAGAUUUGCCAGAGCAGAGUCCUGUCCACCUUGGUCCCACAGGGACUGAAGUCUGUCUUUCUAGUGUAGCCAACCCUCCUGCGAACUCCCAGGAUGAAGAGGGUAGAAGCCCAAAUUUUGAGUCCCCAAAGAGGUCUCCCAUGACAGCAGCCCCUGCAGAAUGUGUGUGUGGGUUUUCUCCUCAGCUCCGAGGCCCCUUGACCCAAACUCUGGGUGUCCUGGCUGGGCUAGUUGUGGUCCCUGUGGCUUUGAACAGUGGUAUGUCCCUUUUGGUGCUUGUGUUGUGCCUCUCUCUGGCCUGGUUCUCGUAGGGGCUACCUGUAGGAUCAGCAACAGCAGGUCUCCUCCUCUCUGGGGCCUCAAGAUUUACAGUCCCUUUGUCAUCCCCAAAGAGUUGAGAUGAGAUCUGUGAGCUGUGUAAUAAGGAGCUUCGGUCCUUUGAGUUUUGAGAGUGCUCAACUGGAGAGAGGCCUUCCCAGCUCUGAGCUCUCCUGUCAGCACCAGGCUUCCUGCAGUAGUACUUGUGGAGUUUAACAGAAUGGUGGAUGGUGUGAGACAUUUUAGAAUGGAAUCAGGCAUGCCCCCUCCACCCACCUACCCCAAGCCUGUAUUUAUUUUUGUAUAAUUCUCUGGAUGAGGGAGAGUGGUCAUGAGCUGGUCUUGGGGCACAAUUACCCAGAGAUAUAUUUAUUAACAGCCAAACUGUGCAACCUGCUGGAGCUUUAUUUUUAAUUUAAUUUAUAUAGAGUACCUAUUAUUAUAUGCCACAAUAGAGCUCUUUGAGAAAUGAUGUGUUUUGCUGUGCUGGUCUCCUGUUUGGGCCUGAGUGUGUAGGGUGGUCAUAUUUUAGGGAAUGGCCGUGGUCCAUGAUGGGAGUGGAGAUGGCCAUGAUCAUGCCUACUGCUGCCUCCUCAAUGUGUCCUUGAGGAUCUGUAUUCUCUUUGCCUUGUGGUCCUAAUAUAUGUGGUCCUUUGGUCGUACAUA